AUGUCAAUGGGAAGGAAAGGUCGUGGUCGCCAAAAGAUUGAGAUGAAAAAAAUGAGUAAUGAGAGCAACCUGCAAGUGACUUUCUCGAAGCGUCGCAGUGGGCUCUUCAAAAAAGCCAGUGAACUUUGUACACUUUGUGAUGCAGAUGUUGCUCUCGUUGUAUUCUCACCUAGUGAGAAAGUGUUUUCUUUUGGUCACCCACAUGUUGAUACAGUCAUAGAUCGUUAUUUAUCACGUGUUUCACCUCAAAACAUUGACACCAUGCAAUUCAUCGAGGCUCAUCGUGGCGCCAUUUUGCGUGAUCUCAGUAAACAACUAACUGAAAUCAACAAUACGUUAGACAUUGAGAAGAAGUGUGGUGAUGAGUUAAACUAUUUACGCAAGGUAACCGAGGCUCAGUUUUGGUGGACUUGUUCCAUUGAUAGGAUGAAUAUGACUCAACUUGAAUUAUUUAAGAAGGCUUUAGAGGAACUUAAGAAACUUGUUGCACAUCAUGCUAGGCUUGUAAUUCAGGGAGCACCUACCCAAACUAUUCCAUUUUUUGUUGGAAAUGGUUUUAACUCUAACAUGCUUCUCCAUCAUCAAGGAAAUCUUCAACAAGCUCAAAACUUUCAACCACAAAAAUUUCAAAACUCUAUAAUGCAACCCCAUUCGGUUGGUUUCAACAAUAUGUGUCAAAGUUACGGAUAUGAACCCUCUGGAUUCUUUUGA